AUGGCUAGAUGGCAGAUCUUGCUCUCUGAAUUUGACAUAGUAUAUGUAAGUCAGAAGGCCAUAAAGGGGAGUGCAAUAGUUGAUUUCCUGGCUAGUAGAGCCUUGGAGGAUUAUGAGUUCGUGAACUUUGAUUUUCCAAACGAGGACUUGAUUUAUGUUGCAAACACUGAAGAAAAUCCUCAAAGGGAUCACGUGUGGAGGUUAAAAUUCGAUGGAGCUUCAAAUGCUACGGAAUAUGAAGCAUGUAUUAUGGGCAUUCGUGCAGCCAUUGAACGGAACAUCAAAAUGCUAAGAGUGUAUAAGGAUUCCGUAUUGGUGAUAUACCAACUCAAAGGGGAAUGGAAAACUAGAGACCCUAAGUUAAUCAGUUAUAGAAAGCUGGUUCUUGAAUUGGUUGAUGAGUUUGACGAUAUCACCUUCUGUUAUCUCCCACGAGAGGAAAACCAAAUGGCUGAUGCAUUUGCUACUCUAGCUUCGUUGAUUCAGGUGAACAGAUUUGAGUAUGUGAAGAAUCAGGAGUACCUUACUCAAGCAACAGAGAAUGACAAGAGAACUCUGAGAAGAAUAGCCAUUGAAUAUGUCUUAGAUGGGGAAGUGCUAUACAAAAGAAGGAAGGAUCAAGUACUGUUAAGAUGUGUGGAUGCCGUGGAAGCCAAGAAAAUUUUGGUGGAAGUCCAUGAGGGUAUCUGUGGGACUCACGCCAAUGGUUUUACCAUGGCCAGACAGAUCAUGAGAUUUGGAUACUAUUAG